AUGCUUGUUCUUGUGGCUGGCGCAACUGGCAAUAUCGGCCAAAGACUGGUCGACGCCCUACACGCUCGAGGGCAUCAAGUUCGUGGUUUAGGUCGUAACCCCGCGAAACUCACAGAUGCCCGACGAGCCAAGUUGGAGGGUUUGGUCGUUACCAAGACUCACUAUGACAUUGAGGCCCUCGAUCACGGCUGCAAAGGAGCCGACGCAGUCAUCUGUGCCUAUGGAGUGUUCCCGACUGAGCUACAAUUCGAUGGGCAGCUUCUCUUGCUCCGGGCCGCUGAGCGCGCCAACAUUCGCCGAUUUGUCCUCUCUACGUGGAACAAUGAUUGGAGUCGCGAUCCACUAGGCAUGCAUGAGAGCUACGAUCCUUUCAUCGCAUUCCGUCGGAUUGCCGAGAUCAGCUCGCCCAUCAGGCCGAUAUACAUCUUCACAGGCGUCUUGGCUGAGGUGUUUUGGGUGUUUCCUGAUCACCCCUAUGGAGCUGUCGAGCUGAACGGCUACUGGGACGGUAGAGACAAGUCCAUGAGUUUCUGGGGUGAUGGAAAUAAGCCAUUUCCAUGGACCAAGGAGCGGGACGCGGCGGAGUUCACUGCUGCGAUUGUUUCUAGAGACGAUGCUGAGGAGGGCGGAUGCUAG